AGUAGAAUCUACUAAAUGCCAACUUUGAAUAUUAUGGAGCUCUGUGGUGCAACAAGACUUGGCUAUUUCGGAAGAAGUCAAUUUUACAUUGCUUUGAAACUUGUUGCUGUGGCCCAAUCUGGUCUCCCUCUAAGAGUGGAAAGCUUAAAUACAGUAAAGGACCUCCCUCUUCCCAGAUUUGUUGUGUCAAAAAAUGAACAAGAGUCAAGACACACAGCCUUGUAUUCUUCAGAUGCUGAAAACCCAGCUUCAUAUUCAGGUGUGAUUCCUCCUCCUCCACCUGGCAGGAUACAAGGCAAAAAAGGCUCUGUGAGCCAUGAUGCAGUUCAGCAGCGUACAUCAACUGAUCAACAGGAGUCCACAUCUCCAAUUGUUUCACCACAGCAAUCCCCACCAACCUCUCCACAUACAUGGAGGAAGCACAACCGCCAUCCCAGCGGAGGGAAUAAUGAGCGACCUCUUGCUGGACCUGGGCCUUUUUGGGCUCCAUUUAGUGAAGUACAACCAGGCUCAUCUACUUCUAGUGAUCCCAUAUGGUCUGGCCAUUCACCACCACCCCAUCAAGAAAAUUGGGUCAGUUUUGCAGAUACCCCACCAACCAGUGCUCUUUUAGCCAUGCAUCCUGCUUCUGUCCAGGACCAGACAACAGUACGAACUGUAGCAUCAGCUACAACAGCAAAUGAAAUUCGUAGGCAAUCAAGUAGUUAUGAUGACCCCUGGAAAAUAACUGAUGAACAAAGGCAGUAUUAUGUUAAUCAGUUUAAAACCAUUCAGCCUGAUCUAAAUGGAUUUAUACCAGGAUCUGCAGCUAAAGAAUUUUUCACUAAGUCAAAACUACCUAUUCUUGAACUUUCUCAUAUUUGGGAACUGUCAGAUUUUGAUAAAGAUGGUGCACUGACAUUGGACGAGUUCUGUGCUGCAUUUCAUCUGGUAGUUGCUAGGAAGAAUGGGUAUGAUUUGCCAGAAAAGUUACCUGAAAGUUUAAUGCCCAAACUGAUUGAUUUGGAAGACUCAACGGUGAUUCCUGUCGUUUCAGAAGUUGGGGAACAGACUGGUGAGGUAGGUUACUCUGGCUCUCCAGCAGAAGCACCUCCAAGCAAGUCUCCAUCAAUGCCAUCCCUAAACCAGACCUGGCCAGAAUUGAAUCAGAGUAGUGAGCAGUGGGAGACAUUUAGCGAACGCUCUUCAAGCUCACAAACUCUGACCCAAUUUGAUUCUAACAUUGCACCAGCUGAUCCUGACACUGCAAUUGUGCACCCAGUUCCUAUAAGAAUGACUCCAAGCAAAAUCCACAUGCAGGAAAUGGAGCUUAAAAGAACUGGAAGUGAUCAUGCUAACCCUACUAGUCCACUACUUGUGAAACCAUCAGAUCUCCCAGAAGAAAAUAAAAUGGGUUCAUCUGUAAAAUUUACAUCUGGAAAUACAGUUACAGAUGGUUACAGCAGUUCGGACUCUUACACUUCAGAUCCAGAGCAAAUCGGAAAUGCUGUAACACGGCAACGAUCACAUUCAGGAACAUCUCCAGAUAACACUGCACCACCACCACCCCCUCCAAGGCCUCAUGCUUCUCAUUCUCGGUCGUCAUCUUUAGAUAUGAACAGAUCCUUUUCAGUUACCCCAGGACAGCAACAAUCUGGAGUUGUUGCCUAUCCCCCUGCAGUGCCUCCAAGACCACAGCCUUCACAGGGCACAGGUCCUCAUGUGCAUCGCUCAGUGGAUGCUGAUGGCCUAAUAGCUCAUACCAGUACCUCACCUCAACAAAUACCAGAGCAGCCAAAUUUUGCAGACUUCAGCCAGUUUGAGGCAUUUGCUGUUUCAGGUGUAAACAAAGAGGAAGAAGAUGAAAUUGAAACGCACCCAGAAGUCUUGCAGGUUGAGAAGCCUUCUGAUUCUGCAAGUUCUCUUAGAGUUGCCAAAGCAGAUGGAAGAGUUGAAGACAAAGUACCUGCAAAUGUCCCCAGUAGUGCGGCUAAAGGCACUACCCCACUUGCUCCACCACCGAAGCCUAUUCGUAGAAGAUUAAAAUCAGAAGAUGAGCUAAGACCUGAAGCUGAGGAACAUACACAGAAAACAGGUGUCAUAGCUGCUGUUCUUGCUUCACAGCCAUCUAUUCCUAGAUCAGUGGGGAAAGACAAGAAGGCAAUUCAGGCAUCAAUCAGACGUAACAAGGAAACCAACACUGUUUUGGCCAGAUUGAACAGUGAACUACAGCAGCAACUAAAGGAUGUUCUUGAAGAGAGAAUCUCCCUGGAAGUCCAACUGGAACAACUUCGACCCUUCUCUCACCUCUAAGCCUACUGCCGUUAACUGUGAAUUUACUAAUUUUGAAAGGGGUAUUGGUUUCAAGGCCUAUUUAAAUAUCCAUGCAUCUAGCUCAGUGCACUCUAUUCUGCAUUAAAUGUUGUGGUUCUGUUUUGUCAAUUUGUCCACUUUUGUAUUUUAAGUAUUUUAAUUUCAGUACAGAGAGAAAAAAACAAACUACUUUUUCCUUGAAUGUGACACUGCCUCUCACAUCUUUUUCUGUGGGCAUCCGUGAUCUUUGUUGGACUUCAGUUUGCAGAGUUUGUCGCCAAAAUUUCCAACUGGAAUUUUUUUGUUUUUUUUCCUGUUGAAACAUCUUUGCAGAUGAGGAUUGCUAAUCAGUUGAUUUUAACCUUUAAGCACAUAAACUCUUCAUUCACUAUGGCAUUUAUUUUGUUGUACCAGAAAAGAGACAAACUACUAAUCUGCCAUCAGCCAAUGUUACUUCCCAAGCUGCCUUUGACAAUGGAAAGUUGUUCACAAUUCUAGAAAGCCUGCCUCUUUGCAAUUCCCCAGCUUACUCAGGUUGGGAGAGUUCUUGCAGGCUGUUUGCCGUAUCAACUGGAUUGAAUUUUGUGAUUUUUGUUGCAUACAUUAUAGAGUAUGUAACCACAGAUUGCCAGGUGUUCACAUUUUAUCCAUUCACAAUCCUGAUUCAGCCAUAUGUGUAGAAACACUUAUGGCACAAUUGGUAGUCUAUCAAACAGGUUUUCUUUAGUUCUCCCUUUUGUGAAAAAGUUGAGUGUAGGUCCCAAACAUUAAUUGCACAUUAUCUAAGCACCACCUGUAAUUGCAUGUCUCACAUGUUACCUUUUAAUAGCAGAUCACAUCCACCAGUCUUCACUAUAACAAAUUGUAUUGUCAAGUAAUGUGUCAAUACCUCUAUAAACUUCUAAUUCCCAGAAAAAAAAAAAUAUAUAUGAAACAAAAAAUCAACAGUUUUGCUUUUUAGGAAUUCUGGGGUACCUUCUGUCAUCUUGUUUCCAGGCCUUACUUCUCUGGCAUAUAGACAGGCUUCACUAUUAACAGAGUUCCUUGAGUGUAUCUUGCUCUUCAGGUUGAUGUACUGUAUUAGGAUUUGUUGUAUAUUGUACGAUACACACAUUUUGAUCUCAUAUGUAAAUUUGCAUUAAUUGCUGACUAACAGCAGAUAUUCUAUUUAAUGGCUUCUUCUGGCUGUGGGAUCAUAGAUGUUUAACUGCAUGGAUGUAUCUCUGCAGAAUCAGAACUAGCAGUUGUGUGAUUUUUACACCAAUAAAACAGCACAAUAUUUUAAUUUUGUUGAUUCAUCUUUACCUGGGAAUUGAAACUCAUUCAAAUAAGGGGGAGGGUUUUAUUGCAGGUUUGCAGAUAAUUUUUUGUAAUUUUGUGGCAUGUACAAGAAGUGAUUGAUCAUAAUCCUUUGGCCAUUUUCUUCCUUCAUUUUUACCUGUUGAUCAGAAGUGAUUCUCUUGGUAAUCUGUGGCUAUACUCCUUUUGUAUCCUUCUAUAAGCAAAUUUAAUACAAAUGUAGUUUCUAAAAAGUAAAUGUUAGUAUUGACUUGGGUCAAAUAUAUUUCUAGUUCUUUAGGCUUAAUAUCUGGUUUGAUUUCCUCAGAAAUUCCUUUAAAAAUUAAAGAUAAAUCAUCCUCUGUUAGCAAUCCUUAACAUCACUGUCUCACUUCUGUGCAUAAAUGAAAUUCUUUUAACAUCUGCUUCCCUUCCAAAAGGAUAGGUCAAGUCACAUUUACCACUGGUUAUGCUGUUACGGUGAAAAACAAGUGUUUCUCUUUCUGGUUAUCAUAAACAGACUGAAUAAUUGGGGUGAAUUUUUACUACUAUAACUAUUCCAACAUUUUUUCAAAUGUCAUGGAAGUGUUAGAAAUGGUUUAUGUAUAUAAUCAAAAGCAAAAUUCUCUGGUAUGAAUGGAUGUCACAGUUGCAUGAAAGAUGGUAGUUUCUGUUUGCAUGUAAAGGGAUUAAGAAAUGAUAGCUAAAUGGGCACAAAGGUGACAUAUAAAUUUAUAUAUGAAGUGCAAGACUUAGACUUCAGAAAAUUAUAUGUGAAUAGGGAAAUGGGAAGAAAAACCCAGGUAAAGAAAUUACCCCCUCCCCCACAAAGUAAAGGAAAAAAACUUUAAAGUUGAUGGACUGAUCACUUCUACUAUUAACUGACAAGUAGCAGGAACAGAGUGGAAAAGUUGUUCCCUUUUUUAAAAAGUGGGAAGAAUGAGUCACUGCAGUUAAAGAAUGUUGAUCUUUUGAACCAACCAUAUCUUGUCCAUAGUUUAUUUUAAAGUUUAAAAUACAUUUUUAAAAUAGCACUAUUUUCAUAUUAAUAUUUAAGUAUUAAGCCUGUGUUUAUAGCAACAGGAUUCUUAAAUCAGAAUUUAACAUUUUAAGCUUAAAUGUAAAAAGUCUUUUACAUUCAAAUGUUACAUGUACAUACGGAUUUCUCUAACAUCCAUAUCUUCCUAGUAGAAUGACAAGUUAGUGUCUCAAGUGAAGAACUUCGGCAUUCUGAACCUUUUUGUGUCUUGCCAACAAGACUAUUUUUAAGAAUUUUUGUGGAUUACUUUUAAUGCAUCAUUCUGUACAUUUUAAACCAGUUUUUCAUGAUCAGAAGACCUUCUAACUGAAAAACUACUUAAUGUCUUAAGAACAUCACUGCCAAUGAUGUUCAGAAGUUACCUCACUUAGUAAUGUAACCCAACUUUAAUCCCUUAUAAAAUUAUCUCCCUGUCUUCUCCAUUUCUUUGAUCUUGAUCCAGCUACUUGAUGCAUUCUUUUUUAUGAACUUAGAUUGUAAGCUCUUUGGGGCAAGGAAUUAUGUACAGUACAAAAGAGGUGCUCUCUCUAUUGCAAGUGUAAAUGUAGACUACUAAAUAGUAUGGAGUGUGAUUCAUAUACCCAGCUGAGAUGGAUGGACAGCAGCAGGCCUUUCUGAAACACCUGGAAAAUGUUUCUCUCUGGACUUUGUCAUUGGAAGAGUGUUUCUUCUCCUUUGAUUUGCGUUUCUUUUGUGUCUCCUAAUAAUGUGCCUCUUUCUUCAUUCCACCUGCUUUGGAGUUGCUUUUUUCUCCAUUCAUUACCUAUCUUUGGACUGCAGAGAAGAUUUCCAAAAUGCCAAGGUAAAAAGCUGAAAAGAUGCUUUGUUUUGAGCAGUAUUUGAAGUCUAUCUAAUGUAAACAAGUAUUUUCAAUUCGUUUGUACUUCACAUGCACCUAAUUUUCCAUGCAAUUGUGAUGAACUAGAUUAUCUCAUAUUACUGAAAAUGUCAUAUGUGGGAUAAACAAAGUUGAGGUUAUAAAAACUUAAAACUAAAGAAAAUAAAUUUGCAGCACUGUUUCUUGUGUGACAUGUCUCUGUCCCUUAUGGAUAGGGUGUGCUGUGUUUCUCUGUGUUUAGAGCAGACUUGAGAAUUACUCUUCUGGUUUCAGCUGUGCAGUUUGUCUCUAAAUGUCACUUUACGGGUGGCCUAGCCUUAAUCACUUUCUUUCUAAAACAGUAAAAAAUAGUAAAUCAUUGUUUCCUGACUCCCAGCUCAUUCUAGUCUUAGUUUCUAGUGGAAUGUAGUUUCGUGAAAUUGUAAUGUGUUGCAAAAGCACAUUACUUCCAAGUUAGUAAUAACUGCAAUUCUUACUCUGUGGGGAAGAUGAAAAAAUAACUUGUGUAUUUUGAAUAUAUUUGGAUGCUUAUGCAGCAUGCUUGUCUUGCUCUGUAUAUGCAUGUACCAGUCAUUCAUCAUACAGCUGUCUAGAGGAAAACACAUGAAAACCAAGGAUUUUAUUAGCAUUUAAUUUUUUUUUUUUUUGUUAUUAGAUACGUUCUCAUGAUAGUCUUAACAACAGGGAUUGUAUAGGGAAGAUGUUAAUAAUGUCUAUAUACCAAUAACCAAAUAAGACAAUACAGGGUUGUCCUGAUAGUUAAUACACAAGCAAAAUAUAAACUUCAUAGGAGUCUUUGAAUCAAUUGCUUUUGUUUGGCAAUGUGGAGGGGGAGGAAGUUUAAUACUGCAUAAUUUCCUUUCUGUAAAAUAUUUAUUUAAAUUGGCAAAAUGGGCUUUAAAGGUGCAAUUUCUGCUUUAAAGGUAGAUUGUACAUUAUUUGUACCUAGAGCAUAUACUGAUUGUACACAUGUUUUACCUGGUUGUAUGCUAUUAGUGUGUUUCACAGUGAUUUCACACUACUUUUUUUCCAGCCUACCAUUAUAUAGGUAUUCAUUGUCUUGCAUUUAAAACAUUUGCAUUUAAAACAGCCUUUGUUUAGUUAUAAUACUAAAAAAUUUGGAAUUGUCACUCUAUGAAAUAGGAAAUUUGUGAUCUCACAGCUUAAAUCCAAAGCAUUAAGAAGACUCUUUAGUACAGUUUAUCACACUUCACCAGCAUAAUGACCUACAGUAAGCUAGAUGAAUUCUGUUUCAUCUCUGGUAGAAUAUAUUCUUGACACUUUUACAGAUAUUGAUGCAUUUGAUCUGGAAGCAGCUGAAAUUACUCUGCUGUUUUGACUGGUCUUGUUUACGAGAGGCCUACAAAAUUAACAAAACAUAAAUAGUAAAAGCGAUUUAAGCUGACUUUCAGCGGUAUGUUGACGGAAACACAAAUUUUGGCAAUACUGCUGUUGAACCGUAUGUGGCUAUAUUGAUUCCCAGUCUGUGGAGGAGCUCACAGAGAUGGGGAGAUGCAUCAUACUCUGCAGGGCACCUACACUCUUUGGUGUAUCCCUUAGAGCUGCAAUGAUGCCUUUUGCUUUCUGUCACUUAACCUCAGAGGUCUGACUGAAUUUCAUUCUUUGGCUCAAGUAAGGCUGCAUUUAAACUGACAGGAAAGGGGAUGGUCCAUGGGGUGGAACGUGUUUAUUGUAAGAAACUGCACUCCAGAUCAGGGCUGUUUUCUGCAAGGAGCCUGUGGUUUUUGGUAUCCAACCAAAAGGCUAGUAAGAAACACUAGCAUAUGAUUUCAUAUUGAAAAUCAAUUCUUUUCCUGACAGCUGGGGGAGCAGAAAGUGGAAUAAGCAUUACAACAGGUACUGUGAACAUUCACCUAAGGGCUUCUGAAGGCCUAGCGUCCCUGACUGGCUGUGUCAAACUUAGCAAGAAAUUUAUGUAUAAUAAGGAGCUUCAGCAAUAUAUGAUUUCCCUCUAGAAGUCAAAGGAAAUACUUUGGGAAUCCCUAUAACUUAGUUGUGUGUUUCAUUAAAAUGCUGUGAAAUUCAGCACUCUACUAAAUGCUUUUGUGCCUUAUUUUGCAUAGCUUGAGCUAAUAGAAAGCUUGAGUUAGUCAAGGUGUGGAAAUACAGAGUGUAUUUCAAGAAAAAGAGGAAAGGAAUUUUGUAGGCAGUUGUGAUUUCUAGUAUUCUAUCAGAAAAUGCAGAAGUGCCAUGCCUCAAAAUGUCACUUGUUUUUUUCUGUUACAUAUCCUGCCUUUGGAAGAAGAGUGAUUCAGUUUAUAACAAACCUUUCUUUUAGAGCUUCAAUCCAUUGUCUUUCACUGCCCUCAUGAAGGAACUUGGUCACCUGUCUACUCAUCAGAAGGAACCAAGAGAUCAUAGAAGAAUCAAGAGGUCUUUUUGCUGUAGAAGGGUACCUAAAAGGAACAUUUUCCCUGGUUUACUCUGCACUUCGUCUUUCAGGAUAAAGUAGCAUUAAAGCAAGAACAUUCCUGUGAAAAAGCAGUAGUUAUUCACAUGUCAUUUUUUUCAAAAUUAGGAGGCUGAUAAUUUUGAUGGAUUAUAUGGUUUUUACCAUAUGCUUCCAUAGUGAACUUGCUGACCAAAAAAACAUUAAAAUAAAAUUGAUAACAUCUCAGAACUUUCAGUAUCAAAAGUACCAAUUUUGUCAGUGUUUUUAAUGUUUUUUUCUUGUAGCUUUUUAGAACGUAGAUUUCCUUUUAGAUUUUAAAACUUCCUUUUUGCAAAUACCUCUUCAUGUAGAUUUUUUUUCUCUUGGGGAAAAGAAUUUUACAUAUUGACUUAAGUGGGUUUGCAUCUCAACUGUCACAGCUGAAAACUGCCCUGAAUUAAUCCAAAUUGAGUACUGUCUAAAAUUGAAAGUAGAUGUAAUUUGGAUUAUAAAGUUGGAUUUUGGGUUUAAAUUUUUCAUGAAGAUGGCAUAGAUUUUUUGUCCUAACGUACACCUAUUUUCUUUUGCAUAUACAGUGCAAUUUUUAGAGUUCUGUAUAAAUACUUCUUGUAUUAGCACUUGCUUAACUGUUAGACUGUAUCUGUUCUAGUAUUUUGGCUUGAUGCUGCACUAUUGCAUUGAUCAGGAUGAUCAGAUAAUUUGCAAACUACUCAUUCAUUCAUUCUGGUCCCAGCCUUUCAAUUCGUGAGGAAUUGUUAAUGGUUAUUUCAUGUUCAGGUUUUUGUUGGCUUAAUGUGAUUAAAGAGCUGUAAGUUGGAGGUCUUAUAUAAAUCCUAGUAUUUCUAAAUAGUGGAGAAAUUACGGUAUAUCACAAUGACUCAUUUUUAAGAUUCAAAAUUUUUAUCUAACAUCAACUACUAAAAACAUAUGGAUUUAUUUAUUUAUUUAUUUUUACUUAGGGGAGAGAGAUGUACAACUCUUGUGGAUGUGUGCCACAAGUCUCUUUUUAAAGCUUUAUUUCAGCAAAGUUUGGUGCUGAUUCAGAAAUCUAUAAUGUUAAGUCUCAUUGCAGAAUGAAUCCUUCCCAAAGGAGCACUCCGUAUUUUCUUUGACAUGUUUUCUCCUUGGGUCUUCCUGUUGGCUUCUGCUACCAGAUGAGUCCCUGGGACUGCAGGUGUGCUCCAGUGUGGCCAGCACAGCUGGGAGUGGCAAAGGACUCAUGCCUCAUCUUGCCAGGGACAAGCCUGGUACUGUCCCAAUCUCCCAUCCCAUCUACUGUAAAGCUCUGCCAGUGAGCCCUGUUCCUUCCUGAGCAGACUCUCCUCCCUCACUGAGAAGGAUGAAUCCCAUCUGAUGCCAGCAGGCUGGUGCUGCAUAGGCCAUUGCAUUGUCAAAACCCCAGAAUUUCGGCAGUGACACCAGGCAUUAAGCCAUAUAUUAAUACGCUCAGCCCCUCUGUUUAUUCCAGUGUUGUUGCCUCGAACUGGAAGUAUAGAGGAAAAUGUAAGUUGUGUCCCAGAUUCCCCACAGUGAUGCAGCAAAGAGCACCUUCUUCCAAACACCAAAACCCAUUUAUCAGUGUGAGUUUUUAAACAACAACACUGGCCUAAACUCACACCGGUAAAUAUAUUAAACUUUUAAUACACUUCAAUCUCCAUAAACAACUCUUCAGGAAACAACAGAAAAGGAGCUCAUUUUCUUCAGCCACUUACAUACUUUUAUAAUUACAAAAGACUUUCCACAAAUACAUUACUGUAGAUUUUUCUUCUUUUCCUGCAGGAGCCUAGAACUGAUUAGUUCAUUACCACAUAAAAGAGUUCAGUAUCUCAAAAGUCUUGCUACAAAAUUUUCUUGUAUGAAUCCAGAAGUAAAUAAACACCUGCCAUUAAUGGACUGUAUCAAAGACACAGUUGUAUCCAGGAGGAGGUAAGGGAAAAAUAAUUCCUUAAUUUCUCAAUUAUUUACAAUUAAUGCAUUCUUUGUGAGUUGUAAUUGCCCAUGGGUUUAAAGCAAUUGAAGGAAAAGGGGGUAAUUUUUCUAUAAUUCUAAACAGCUGCUUGAGAAAGGUAUGUUCUUAUUACUAUGUCUGUAUCUGAAAUUACACGUUCUGUCUUUGCAUAAAUUGCUACAGAAAUGAGAUCAAGACAUCCAACACAUUUGUAAGUGAUUUGAAAUGUGUUUGAAAUAGUAAGCCUAAGCAGGUUGAUGUCAAGAGCCCAAAAAUGGGAAAGAUCUGCCUCUAAUACAGAAUAUUUGAACUCUGAGAUUAAAAGUGUGCUUUGGGACAAGUGUGCAUUACCAUGCUGUAAUACACUGCACUUGCUGGCAAAAAGCUGCUAGUAAGCACAGAGGUCUGCUCCAGCAUUCAAAUGAGCUGCAAGAAUACAAUUUUGUUUGCGUAACUGCAGCUCUUUUUGCCACACCUGGUAUGAGGCACAAAGCUAAAAGAUACUAUUUAUUUUUUUACUUGUUGUUCAGAAACAAGUACAUAGUGCUGACAUGAGAAGGUUCUGUGCAGAAAUGAUAAUUGCUCAAUUAUUGGUCAGAGGUGUAUAUGAGGAGAACAAACACCAACCUUGGCUUCACUUUGUGAGAAGCUUGUCGUAUUCUAGUUCUCUUCAGCUGACUUCAGCUCACAGGUAUGUACCCAGCUACAGGCAGAAACUCCAAGGUACAUUUACCAGCAUGCAAACUCCUAGAGAAUCUUGGCAACAAAGGAGAUAAAUUGUAUAAAGAACAAGAACAACCUGAGGGGACAACCACUGGGAUCCCUACUGCUUUGUAAAUCAUGGAGAUUUACAUGAUGGGUGAGGCAGGGAAGUUGAGGCUGAAUCUGUAAGCCUCACUCUGUAAUCACUCAGUGAUUAAAUGAUCCUUCUGUCCCCAGCAUGCUGCACAAUCCAAAACUACAUCUUGUGGCUGAAGGAGCUGCUCCUCCAAAGAUGCCAAACAAACGGAAGCUUCUAUUCCCUGGCCACACGCCCACUCUAGGCUGAUGAAAAGCUUUGCGCUCACAUAGAAGGAUAAAGAUUCCACUCCUUGUUCAGUAAGUGUAAAAUCAGUGUGGAAUCUGAAUGUGUUACCUAAAAUCUGAAUAUAAAAUAAAUCUAGAACCAAAGGCAUGGUUUGAUGGACCAAAACAGAAAUUUUGGAUCUAAAACCAGCCUGAUUUUACACUAAACUAAUACAGACUUUUUUUCCUCUGACUGUGCAUAGAAAGAUGAUACCAAUUAAUAGUAACAUCAGAGUAACUACAAAAUUGAAUAUCCUGGAUUUAUUGAACAGUAACUACGCAAUUUUGGAAUUUCACAAUACUUAAUUUAUGUAGACUGCUAACAUGCCAGUUUUAAUCUGGUGACAUUUUAUUAUUAUGUAUAGUAAUGGAAAAAUGUAAACUCUGCAAACAUUCAGACAGUGCUAAAACUCAUCUUCCUAACACAGCCAAACCAAUAGCAGCUUCUGCAAAUGAAACAUCAUGUAUUUAAAACUUCACUUUAUUAACAAUAAAUUAAUCUGUGGCAUCACCAAUCAACAAAACACUAAAGUGAGCAGAUUGUCUAUGUAAUAAUCAGAAAGGCAACAUUAUCACUAUCUUCACAAAAACUGGAGAAAUGCCAAUGAACUUAUAUACAUACACCAUUUGCAACCAUAUGAAUGCUAAGCAGAAGAAAUGUAUUUCCAAGUUUCUCCAAUUUUUCUGUUAAGUAAGGCAAUAAUAGAAAGCACGGCAUCACAAUUAAUUACAACUCUAGGUACUGUGCCCUGACAUAAUGCAGUGCCCAAAGGAAUGUGC